CCCGUCAAAGAACAUUUGAAGGAUCUUACUGGCGAACAAGUUUAGCGCAAUUCACUUUCUCUUUAUUUAUCCUUCGAGUGUUCGAACCAGCUUUCUUUGCAAUCGGUAUAGUAUUUAUAGUAAUUGGAAGUGCAUUACUUUGCAUUUCUUUUCUUAGACGACAAAAUGACAUCGAUUUACUUGAUCAUUCUAAACCAUUUGUUACUAGCGGUUUAUAUGUUGCACUUACGGGAUUGGUUGUCAUG